AGUACCUAGCUCAACCUAGUCAACCUCCAAUUUCUCCGUUGUAGACAAACACAGUUUGACGGAACAACCGAACGUGUCUUAACCUCAACUGCAUAUUAUUAAAUCGUGAGAAUGCCUGGACCAGCGGAACAGCUUGACGAAUUAGACUGGAUUCAACUUCGUCAGGAUAUGGAUGCGGUCGGUCGAGGUGCUGAAACAUUUACCGAAAAAUUUAGUCGUAAAUUUGGCGAAAAUCCGCUGGUUCCUAUUGGUUCUCUGGCAACAGUAGGUGCACUAAGCUAUGGGCUGUACAGUUUCAACCGCGGCAAUCGUAAAAUGUCACAAUACAUGAUGCGACUACGUGUUUUUGCGCAAGGAUUCACCAUCAUAGCGUUUGGGGCUGGAAUUGUGAUGACUGCCUUCAAAAAAUGAGAAACGCUCUCACCCUCUCUGUAGUCGAUCUCUAUUUUGUGUUGUCUCCACUAUUCUCAUGCCAUAGUGUAAAUAUUCUAAAUUAAAAUGUCAGUGAAAUUGCUAAGUCUAUCUGUCCUACUUUAGGAUUUUGAAGAUCAUAUAUAUAUGUAUGUAUAAAACUUUAUUUAUGUAAUAAAAAAAAUAAGAAACUGCACGAUAUUAUAAA